UCCCUCCCCAGCUGAUAAAAACUGGUGGAGGCAGAGACGGGUCUGAGCUUUUGCUGAGCCUGUGCUAGAGAGAAGGGGAAAAAAAGACCCAAGCGAGGAAAAAAGCCAAGCGGAGAAGAAGCUGGUGGAGGAAAAGCAGCCGGAGGAACCCCGAAACAGCACCAGUGCCACCAAGGAAAACCCCUAAAGGUUUGAGAGAGGGGAAAACCCUAGUGCUGCUGGGCGGGAGGACGUUGCAGGUGCAAUGGCUUUCUUCCUCAAACCACGGCCGUGCACAUGGGAUCUUGCCCUGGACUACCACACGGCAAAACAGUUUGAAGUGGACGUGACCCUGGAUCCGGCCACAGCGGGUCCCGAGGUGAUCCUCUCUGAGGACCUCAAAGAGGCCAGCUGGGGUAGACCUGGACGCCGGUGGCCUGAGGGUCCGGGCCAGUUCGACACGGAUCCGUGCAUGUUGGGCAGCGAGGGCUUCACCUCGGGCCGUCACUACUGGGAGGUGGAAGCAAACGGGCGCUUCUGGGCCGUAGGGGUGGCCCGUGAGUCGGUUCAGAGGAAAGGCCGGAUCCUUUUCAAGCCUAAUACUGAGAUUUGGGGCUUGCAGAAGUACGAUGAGCUCUGUGUGGCCCUCACAGCUCCUUCCAACACCUCUGUCCCACUCCUCAACGGGGAGAUAGGGGUCUACCUGGACUAUGAGGUGGGACAGGUCUCCUUCUAUGCUGUUGGCAGCCGCCAACGCAUCUUCACCUUCCCCGUGGCUUCCUUCAGCGGAGAGAAGGUCUUCCCCUACUUCUGCGUGCUCCUCUCCACCAUCAAACUGUCCCCGAAGGGUUGAUGCGUUGGCAGGGUCCCCCCAAAGCUGGUUGCUCCACGGUGGUUGGAAACACUCCUUGAUGCUCCUCAACUCUUAUUUUCCAGGUCUUGGAGUCAUUUCCACCUCAGCUCAUGGUCCUACCUCCAUCUUAGAUGUCUCCAUUUUGGGUUAUAUCCAGGGGCUUUUGGGUCUGAGCUCGGCAUGGCUCAUCUCAUCUAAAAGCCACUUGUUAAAUUUAUCCAAAGCUUGUUGACAGGAGCUGGGCUUCACUUAGCUGGUUUUGAGGUGAAAGCCUGGGGCUUCCUCCCAAACUCAGCCCCCUCUGAAGGUUUCUUUUACUGACCUCAAUGCCCAUCACUAGCUGGGCUUCCAACCCAAAUUAAAAAUUGUGACUUUUGCAGGCUUUGUGUUAAUACCAGCCGCUUGCUACCUCAGUUUAAAACUGAUUUUGUCAUCACAAGGAUGUGUUCGUGCUCACUUCCGCCCCCCCAUUUUCUUCUGCUGUUCUCCAUGUUCAGGAUGUAUUUCCGAGUAAUUAAUGUGCAAUUGAUUAUAAAUGUGCUCAGAAUAUAAUAAACACUUUUUUUUUUUUUUUUGCUAUAAUAAGGAGGCGGCAUCUGC